AUGCCUCCCAGGUCUGCGGCUAAGGCGGCCGCCGCGGCCGGUGAGGUACCUCAGCCGACUGCUCAGGAGGCCCACCUGUUCUAUUCCGUCAUCCAGAACACGAAGGGCAGGCCCGAGAUUGACUGGGACGGCGUCGCGGCCGCCUCCGGGCUCAAGAAUGCCGAGACCGCCAAGGUCCGCUUUGGUCAAGUCAAGCGCAAGUUUGGCUUCGAAAACUGGGUUGGUGGCAGGCCCAACCCUCCCAGGGCCCAGGAGGAGGGCGGUGAUGACACCGGCCCUCAGACCCCCACCACCGGUCGAUCUAAAAAGACCGCCACCAUCACCGGAACCGGCGCCGGUGUCAAGAAGCGUACCGCCUCCACCAAGCGCGGUACCGCCACGCCGGGCACCGCCCCGCGCACCACCCUGAGCAGCCGCACACGAAAGGCGAAAUCUCAGGCCAUUCUCCGGAUUGAGGAAAAUGCCAACGUGCUCCAGCAAAUGGUGGAGGAGGAUGAAGAUGACGAAGAUGAGAUGGAGAGUACGUCUGAGCCUGGAACCCCGGAGACACCGACCAAGACGAAAACUUCCCGCCAUAGCGAACCCACCGCCGCCAUCACGGACGAAUUCGUCGACUUCCCGGCCGUGAUGCCCGACCUGGUCGUCCAGCGCCAGGCUAUCCUCAUCUACCUCAGAGGCAAGUGGACCGUCAGCCCGUCCCCUAUUGAGGUCCACACCCAGUGGCUCUCUCGCCUGCCAGCCGAUAUCCAGUCGCGCUUCUAUUCUCAGGCCAACAUUAAAAGCAAGACCGAGGGCGAGUCCGACGAGGGCAACACCACUGAUGGAAACGACAAAAAUGCCAACAAUUAUCUCAAUGCCAACGCCCGCACCAAUCCCGGCCCUGGCACCAAUGUUAGCAAGGUCGUCAAGGCCGGCAACAGCACCAAGGCCAACACUGGCACUAACGUCGGCAGCGUUAUCAAGGCUAGCAACGGAACCAAGGCCGGCGGCAACCGCACCAAUGUUGCCAACACCACCGGCAGCAACGCCGCUAGCAACAAUUUCAUUGUUUACUCGGGCGAGGAUCCCAACGCCACCGCCGCGCGGCUGUUUGGCACUGGCCGCACCAGGGGCACUGGCCGCACCAGGGGCACCCGCGGCAUCCCCGCUCGUACCUUUACCGGCGCCAGCCUCGGCAGGCCUAUGAUGACCCCCAUGGGCGUUGCCGCCACGGGCAUGGGCUAUGGUAACAUGAGCCUCGGCAACAUGGGCCCCGGCCCCGGCUUACUCGGGGGCACCAUCGGUCGCAGCAUGUCCGGCAACAUCGGCGGUAAUAUUGGUAGCAACGCCAACCUGGUUCGCAUGAAUGCUUACACCAACAUGCCCGGCAACAUUCCUGGCAAUACCAUAAUGCAUGGCAGCAUCAACAUGCCCGGCAGCAUCAGCCUAACCGGCAACCUCUACAUGCCCAGCAACAUGUCCGGCAAUAUGCGCUACGCUUAUCUGCCCGGCAACGUGCCCGGAAAUUUGGUCUGCUACGCCAACAUGCCCGGCAACACCGCCAUCGGCAGUAACGUCAACAUUCCCGGCACCAUACCCGGCAGCAUCAUGCCCGGCAGCACCAUCCCCAGCACAACGCCCGGCAACGCCAACAUGCCCAGCAGCACCAUGCCCAGCACCACAGGCGUCAACAUCGCCCCGGCCGCCAUCCCCAUUGACCCGGCCCUCCUCGCCCAGGCGGAGCGCGACCAGGAAGAGCGCGACAAGCAGAUGCUGUUUGGCGGCGGCGAGGAUGACAGUUUCUAA